GGUCCACUUUACCCCUCUAGUAGGUUUUGGUCUCCUCUCUAAUCUCUAUAAUACAAAUCCCCAUAUCUUUUCUUCCUUCUCGACCGUUAAUGAUUCUCUAAUCAAAUAUCUCCCAAGAGCUUCCCUCUCGUCGUUAUUUCUGACAUCUUAAUUUCCCCUCGAGUUCUCUCGCACUUUCUCUCUAUUUUUUCCCAUCUGGGCAUCACCUAAAAUGGGCAAAAACCAGGCAUACAAAGCGAUGCAGAGAUCGCGGCUUGGCUCCAGCUCCGCUGGUCCAGAAGAGAUUGAAGAUGGCAUGGUGGAUGGUUCUUUUCAUUCACCAGAGUGGCAUGCUGCUCGUCUGGCCAGCCUUAAAACUACGCACACAGUUACAUGGGAAGAGUUUAAAAAGAAGCAAAAGGAAGAUGAAAUGAAAAAGGGGGAACUGGAAGCAGACAAAGAUAGAAUGAUGCGGGAGUACAGGGCUCAACUCGAUGCUGAAAGGGCCAAAAAACUUGCUCAUGGAAGAAACCACUCUAGUAGCAAGUCUAAUCACAAAAGGGAUAGAAAGGACAGAGAGAUAAAGAAAAGUAUCAGCAAAAGGAGAAAGAGUUCAAAGCGUAGAUCCUCUGAUUCUAGCUCUUCGAGUUCAUCCUUGGAGUCUUCAAGCAGUGAUGAUGGAGAGAGAGAGUUAAAACGAUCAAAAUCAAGGUCAAAGAGAACAAAGAAGGAAAAGAAGCACCGUUCUAGAAGGAAGGACCCUAGCAGUGAUGGUGAAAAGGCUGACGGGCCAGUUCCACUUUCAAGAUUCUUUGGGAGUUCGAAGACUUAAAAAACUUUCCUGGUGGAAAUUGUUGUGAGUACUUGUUCUCCUUUCCGAGGACAGGAAACUGAAGGUUGUCUAUUUUUUCUCUGCUUUUUAUUUGGUUUUAAUUUUUCUGAAUAAUAUUCUCCAUAGGUGAGCUAACAUUGAUGUUUAGUUUGUCGUAAAUUUCCCCAGACUUCCCGGUACCGGUAGUAUGAUGCAUCGUACCUCAUUGACUGUGAGGAAUGCAUUGAAACGAAUCUAAGUAGCCAUUGGAUUUUAGUUGAACAGUAAAUUUAUGAUUAUGUCUUGUUA